AUGACAGACAAAAACCCAGAAAUAUCAGAUGGAUGGCCAGGUUCUUCGUGGCGUGAGCUAACUGUUGUGUUUGCUGAGGAAAACCGGAAAAAACCAUCAGAAAUGAGGGCUAGAGAACGUUACAGGGGUCGGUCUUAUGAUAGGAGGCGGUCACCACCUCGUUAUUCUCGAUCACCAUUUUCUUCUCGGACCUAUUCCCGUACUCCUGAUUAUUAUUCACCAUCUCCUCAACGAAGGUCCAUUUCUCCUCGAGAUCGGAGGUACAGGAAAAGGUCUUACUCAAGGUCUCCUUAUGGCUCAAGGAGCCGGAGUUGGAGUCGGAGCCGGAGCCUGGAUUCUGAAGGUUACUCGAUGUAAUUGGGUUGGUGAAUUGAGAUGAGGGGGGCUUGAUCACCGGAAGGCAGGUUUAUGGGAUGUAGUACUCCUGGAUUAUUAUUGAGUCUGUUCUCUUCAGCUAUGUUAAUAGUGAAGGCUUGUUCAUUUAUACACUUGAGCACAGGAUGUAUUUUAUUUAAGUUCCUGCAGGUUAGAAAGCUGAAUUGAUGGUUUUUUCCUCCCACUCAGUUCUUGUUUUAUGUUUCGAACUUAUUUUUGCCUAGUUUUACUUCCCUCAUCUUUUGAGGCUGUUUCGAGGAA